CAGUUCCGAGCAGUGAUUCAACGAAGAAGCAAGUGCGAUCUCCUCUCUUAUUAUAGUUAAAAAUCUGUGAAGAUUUGUGAAGUGUUUUAGUGUGCAACAGUGUAAAAGAAAAUCAAAGUUUAGAGAAAAAUGGCUUUGGAGCGUCAAGUUCGUGCAAAGAUUGCCGGUAAGCGCGAUCUGGAAAAGGACAAGGAAGCCCAGUACUGGAUGGAGGAGGUCCUCGGUGAGAAAUUCCCGGCCGGAGUCCUGUACGAGGACGCCCUCCGAGACGGGCUCAUCCUGUGCAAAGUGAUCAACAAGCUGAGCCCCGGCGCCGUGCCGAAGGUGAACACCUCCGGGUCGCAGUUCAAAAUGAUGGAGAACAUCAACAUGUUCCAGCAGGCCAUCAAGAAGUACGGCGUGCCCGACCUGGACGUGUUCCAGACGGUGGACCUGUACGAGAAGAAGGACAUUGCCCAGGUCACGAGCUCGAUAUUCGCGCUGGGACGAGCGUGCUACAAACACCCGGAAUUCCAGGGCCCGUUCCUGGGGCCGAAGCCCGCCGACGAGUGCAAACGCAACUUCUCCGAGGAAACGCUGAACGCCGGCCAGAGCAUCAUCGGACUGCAGGCCGGCCAGAACAAGGGCGCGUCCCAGGCCGGCCAGAACAUCGGUGCCGGUCGCAAGAUCAUCCUCGGAAAGUGAACACCAACAGUUUUCUGAGUUUCGGUUUUUUGUCUACAUAUUUUUAUUGGCCUGGUUUUCUCUAUUUAUAUGUGUAAUUUUAAACUUUUCUGUUUAUUUAUUCGUAUUAUUUGAUUGAUUGUGGCUUAAGGUUCGCGUAAUCAAAUCCAAAUACCCCCUGACUUAUUUAAACUGUAACUAUUAUAGAGAGAGACUACCCCGCAUUAUGGUAUGUAGCCGGACGCAGAGGAAGAAAAAUCUUGUAUUAAACGUUAAAUCGUCUCAUAAUAUCAUUUUGAAGCAUGAAUUAUCAGUACGAUUU